AUGAUAGGUCACGUCUUCCUUGCGUCGCUCGCUUUACAAUGGCUGGUCCCGGGGACCGCUGCUUCGCCCACUGGCCACCAGGAGCGCGGCCUCUUCGAUACUGAAUUUGACUACGUGGUCGUCGGCGGCGGCACGGGAGGCAAUGUCAUCGCCACGCGUCUGGCACAGCAGAAAUUCAAGGUCGCCUUGGUGGAGGCCGGAGGCCUUUACGAGCUGGAAUCGGUGGCCGCCGUGCCCGCAGCCGAUGUGCUCCCUGUCGGCUCCGACCCCAAGACCGUCGCCCUCCACGACUGGGGGUUUGUCGCGGAGAACCAGCCCGGCGCCAACGGACGGUCGAUCCACUACGCUCGGGGGAAGUGCUUGGGUGGAUCGUCGGCGAUGAACUUCAUGAUUUAUCAACGGCCGACGCGCGAAUCCAUGCACGAAUGGGCCACUACCGUCAACGACAGCAGCUAUGAGUUCGACCAAGUGCUGCCCUACUACAAGCGCAGCGUGGCCUUCACGCCCCCCAACACCGAGCUUCGGUUCAAGAAUGCCACGACCGAGUAUCACAGCAGUGCGUUCGAAUCGAGCGGAGGACCGCUGCAGGUGUCCUACGCGAACUACGCGAUGCCGUUCUCGACUUGGAUGGACCUUGGCAUGCAGGCCAUCGGUAUCAACCAGACCCAGGACUUCAACACCGGCUCUCUCAUGGGCGGGCAGUACUGCUCCUCGACCAUCAACCCCAAGGAUGAGACGCGGAGUAGCUCCCAGUCGUCCUUCUUGACCUCCAUCAAACCCUCCACGUUGACCACGUACUCGAACACGCUCGCCAAGAAGAUCAUCUUCGACAGCAACAAGAAGGCCACCGGUGUGCAGGUCAAGGGCGCGCUGGGAAUCAUCUCCACCAUCAAAGCGAAGAAAGAAGUGAUUGUGUCGGCUGGUGCCUUCCAAUCCCCUCAGCUUCUGAUGGUUUCGGGCGUAGGACCGCAGGAGAUUCUGGAGCAGCACAACAUUGCGGUCGUCGCGAACCGUCCCGGUGUUGGCCAGAACAUGUGGGACCACCCUUUCUUUGCGCCCUCGUACCGUGUCAAGGUGCAGACCUUCACAGCUAUCGCCUUGAAUCUGCUGGAACUGGUCGGCCAAUUCCUUAACAUAGUCACCACAAGAUCAGGCCCCCUGACCAACCCCAUCGCCGACUACCUCGCCUGGGAGAAGAUCCCCGCCAGUUUGCGCUCGGCCUUCAGCCAGCAGACCGAGAAGGAUCUCGCUACCUUCCCCAGUGACUGGCCCGAAGCAGAGUAUAUCUCCGGCGCCGGGUAUAUCGGCAACCUCUCCAACCUCCUGACGACGCAGCCUCGCGAUGGCUACCAGUACGCCUCCAUGCUGGGCGUGCUCAUCACCCCGACCUCGCGCGGCAAUGUGACGCUCAAGUCCGCCGACACCUCGGACCUCCCCAUCAUCAAUCCGAACUGGCUGGACACGCAGGCCGACCAGGAGGUGGCGGUGGCGAUGUUCAAGCGCAUCCGUGCGGCCUUCCAGAGCCAGGCGAUGGCGCCCGUGGUGAUCGGCCAGGAGUACAACCCGGGCGUGCAGACGCAGACGGAAGCGGAGAUCCUCGAGUUCAUUAAGAACAACGUCAUGACGCUGUGGCACGCCGCGUGUACGUGCAAGAUGGGGCUGGCGAGCGACGCGAUGGCGGUCGUGGACCACGAGGCGCGCGUGUACGGCGUUCAGGGCGUGCGGGUUGUCGAUGCCAGCGCUUUCCCGUUCUUGCCCCCGGGCCAUCCCCAGUCCACCGUUUACAUGCUGGCGGAGAAGAUCGCCCAGGCCAUCAUCGACGGCUCGACCUAA